AAAAUAUCAAGUGAAACGGAGCAAAAGCCGAACGGAUUGAAAUAUUUUACAGAAACGACAGUAGGUGUCGCUGUUUUCGCUUUAUAACCAACAGUGGCGCUUAAUUUUAUUUAAAAUUAGAGCAAGUUGAUCGUUUCUCCGCAGGUGGAGCGCUCGGAUGGAGGCAGAGCCGGAGGACCAGGAGGAGGAAGAGGCGGCUGCCGCCAUGCUGUGGUCCAUCCAGGAGGCUCUGGAGAGGCAGACCCAGCAGAUCGGAGCGUCGGCCUGCGGGGCCACAGCGGUGGUGGACGUCCUGAAGGCCCUCGGAGUGGAUGUUGCGCCGGAAGAAGCCGACCGCUGCGUCCAAACCCGCCUGAGGAGGAACGAGUCUCCUCUGCCAGACUACCUGCUGUCCCGCAGCGAAGCAGCGACCGGUCAUGUUUACCUUCGUCCAGGUGCGACUCACGCUCAGCUGAUCCGAGGCGCUCAGGAGGCCAGCGGCGGGAAGGCCGUCGGCCGCUUCUUCCACCUUUAUCCACGGCGGCGCGUCAGGUUGGUUUCCUGGCUCGCACGCUGGAUCAGGAAGGGCGCCGUUCCCGUGGCGACCAUGAACAUGCAGGUGGCCGUGCCCGACGGCGAGGAGGUGCCCGACGCUUGGCACCAUCAGCUCAUAUUUGGAGUGGCGCCCAGAGCCGUUUUUAUGACCAACCCUUUGGAUGUAGUCGGUGAGGUCGAAGUUCACCAGCGACUCUGCAGCCAGUCGGUGCUGCUGGUUCGUCGGGAAGACGUUCUGCAGAGAUUAACGCCCGACGGUCCGCCGUCCGACCUCUCCCAGAUUCAGUCGGACCCGCGCUGGUGGCAGCUGGACGUCGAGGGUCAAGUGAGGCGGAUGAUGUUAGAGGAAGAGCUGGAGGACGGGCCCAGGACGGCUCACGUCAGCAUCCCCGCGGCGUACAGUUCAGGGGUCACGCUGUUUGCGCUGACGGGUUCAGACGUGGCUCAGCAGCUCCUCAAGGCUCCUGAACUUCCUCUGCUGUGACGAC